AUGGCGGAAGGCUACGAACGAGUCCUUCUGAUGAAGUCCGAGGUAUUCGUCUUCAGAAUACCUCCGUUGGGAGCCAGUAAAGGCCAUAAGUAAGUUGUGGUAGAUUUGAUUAAUUUGUUCUUGUCUUUAGAGCCGCCGAUUGGAAUCUGGACCAGCCCAACUGGGUUGGAAGACUGAGAUUGCUGACGGUGGAUGAUCGACUUGAAAUUCGAUUAGAAGAUAAGUCGACGGGUAAGUUUGACAUAACUGUUAUAGAUUUGAGAUCAUUGGACAAUUAAAAAAAUAUUCUUUCAGGUGUUUUGUAUGCUAAAGCUCCCAUUGAGUCGGCCCCAAGCAUGGACUUUGAGUCAGUAACGGAUUCUUCAAGAUAUUUCGUGAUACGAUUAAAGAAUGACAACGGACAAACUGCUUUUGUGGGGAUCGGAUUCUCUGAUCGAAGUGACUCAUUCGAUUUGAAUGUUGCGGUGCAAGAUCACUUCAAGGGAAUUCAAAGGGAUCACGAGUUGGCCAAGGAGGACGAAUCGCGGCCAAAAUUGGAUUUGGGGUUCAAAGAGGGACAGACGAUCAAUAUCAAUAUUGGAGUAGGUGUUUCUUUACUUGUUUUGUUAAACUUUAGAUUCAACGUCGAUGUGCAGAAAGACAUUGCUUUUGAUAUCACAUUCCUCACAGUCCAUUUAAACAUCUAAACAGUUACUUGUUCUUUUAGAAUCAUCUGGCACGACACUGAUUUGUUUUAUUUUUAGGGUUUAAAAAAGUCCGAGAAGUCCACGCCCAGAUCCUCAGCGCCAUCCUCGGGUGAUGGACCCGUCCCUUUGCUGCCUCCUCCGCCAUCUUCUUCCAGUCGUGUUCGCCGUGCUCAGAAUUGA